AUUAUACCGACAAAACUGGGAAAGACGAAUACGAUAUUGAUAUUCAUACUCCGAUGUAUUAUAAACUUAGCACAAAUACUUUUUACAAAGAUAUGGAAUUUCCUCGCUUUCACUUUCCAUCAGGCACUGAGAUGUUUCCAACACAUGACGUUGUGUGGAAGUACUUGGAUUCUUAUGCCAAAAGUUUCAAUUUAACUGUGCAUAUAAAGUAUCAUCACUUGGUUCAGAAAGUUCUCGCCAUUCCAGACGAAAAGUGGAAAAUAAGUGUCAGAAACUUGCCUAUAAACCGCAACGAAAAAAGUUUAUUUGAUGCCGUUUUUGUUUGCAGUGGUAUCAAUUCUUCCCCACGAAUCCCGAAAAUAAAGGGCGUCACUGAAUUUAAAGGAAAAAUCAUGCACAGUCGUAGUUAUCGUAAACCUGAUAAAUUUAACGGCGAAUGUGUUCUAGUGAUCGGUAGUGGCCCGAGUGGAAAAGAUAUAGUGGAUCAGCUCCUCGAAGCUGGAACUGUCAACAGAUUAACGCACAGCUACCAAAUGCCUAUAUCAAAAGAACCUCCGAAAGAGAAUAAAUUCAUGGGAAAAGCACGUGCUCUAUGCGCUAGUUGUUUCAUUGGAAAAAAGAAGAACCUACAAAGUACACAAGAGUCAGCUUUCACAGUGAAGGGGGAAGUGAAGCGUUUCACCAAAUAUGGGGUUGAAUUUCAAGAUGGGUCGCUUCAAAAUUACACAGUGGUUAUCUACGCUACAGGUUAUAGAUAUUCAUAUCCUUUUCUUGAUAAAAACACCGGUAUUCAUGUUAAGGACUAUUCCGUUGAACCAUUAUACAAGCAUAUACUGAACAUUAAACACACAACGAUGGCUUUCAUCGGGAUAACUUCUGGUGGUGCCCACAAUCCCAUGUAUGAUUUGCAGGCACGCUUUGCAUUAACAUUUAUUUCUGGACGCAAGCAAUUGUCAUCAUACAAAGACAUGUUGAAAGAUAUGGAGAUGCAAGCUAAAAUUUGUAUUGACAAGGGACGUCCCCAAGGUAAACCUCAUAUAUUGGGGUCGGAUCAAAAAGAAUACUUUGCACAGCUUGCAAGAACUGCAGAAAUUGAAAAUGUUCCAGAUAUUUUUGCAGAUAUUUUUUUAGACGAAUCCAUAUUUUUUGAAUAAAAAUAUAAUUAUGCUUUCUUAAUAAAACUACUAAUGCAGCAGACUUUCUUUAA